CCGAGUUCUCCGCCAAACGUAUGAGUAAUUAUUAAGGUGCAUCAGUCGCUAGAAAAACGCGUUCGAAUCGCUAGGCACUCGCGAGUGUCCUAGUCGGUGGUUGAAAGUGUUUAUGUUUGGAGUGGUUCGGAAAAAGCAUUAGAACGGCCGGAAGUCGGUGUUUUAAAGAUUUCGAGCAUCAGAGAAACUAUCACUGAUAGAUAUGAUUUUUUAUUAAUUCAAAAUUUUAAAAAAAAUAUGUAAAAUUUUCGUUUACAAAUUCUUAAGGACUAUAAAAAAUCAAAUUAAUUGGAGUGCUAUGAAUGUGUUAUUUUCUCUGAAUUAGUAAGUUAAAAAAAAGUUUCGAAAACGUUUAAAUGAUAUUAAUAGCAAUUUUUUAAACCGUUUCAAAGUUAAGUAGUGAACAAUCUAAAAAGUUGGUAGUGCACAAAUUCUUUCAAAAUGUCUAUGGAUCCAUCGGUUUCUUUAGAGGAUCUGGAGCGACGUCGUCGUCGCGCCAGUACCGCUCGCAAGCAGUCACAGACUCCCCAGCCACCUUCUCACCUAGCUGAUUCGGAGGCCAUGGCCGUGAUUAAUGAGAUCUUCAAUCCCACGCUGAAACUGCCAGAGUCCACUGGUCACUAUACGCUGCCCGAGGAGAUGAGUGCCGAUGAUAAUGUGGCGCCCCAUGAACUGGACAUUGCCAAACUGGCUGAGCUGAAGGAAGUCUUCUCACUUUUUGAUACGGAUUGCGAUGGCUUGAUCUCGAAGGAAGACCUACGAUUCACCUAUACGGCAUUGGGAAAUGAACCAAACGAGCAGCUGCUGGAACAGAUGAUGCAGGAGGCCAAGGAACCACUCGAUUACGAGGCAUUUGUAAGGCUGAUGAGUCGUCGCACCCAGGAACUGGAUCCCGAGGAUGUGCUACUUGAGGCCUGGAGCAAAUGGGAUGACCAUGGCACGGGCAAGAUUGAUGAACGCAAAAUCUAUGAAGAGCUGACCAACUAUGGCGAUAAAAUGACCCUCAACGAAGCCAAGGAAGCUCUUAGUCAUGCACCUAUGGCUAAGCCCAAGUCCUUGGAGGAACCACCCAUGAUUGAUUACCCGGCCUUUUGUCGGAUGCUCAGUGGAAUGCGCAAAAGAAAAGGAGAAUAACUUAUGUGGAUAUUAAAAAAUUGAUUGGAACUUCAACCUACAUAAUUUUCUUAAAAAUAAAUCAUUUUUUACCUUUCAGAUAAACUUUAAAUUAGGUAUAUCUCCAUAACACCUUUUUUUCAAGAUUCGAAGAUUUUUAUUUUCCUUAAAAUAAUAUCAAUACAGAAAGACUAUUAAAUAUAUAUAAUACUAUAUAUUACUUCGAAUCUGCCUGUCAAAAAGGCCUUAAAAAUCUUUUUACAAAUAUCAUUUCAUUGGAUUAUAAAUAUUCCUUUAAUAUAUCAGAAAUGUCAAAUUUAUAACCAAAUAUAUUCAGCCAAUUGGCUUGAUUUUAUCCAAAAUAUAGUCUAUUACUUUUCGUGCUUUAAUUAAUUUAAAUACAUACAAUAUCAGCUAUAUCUUUAUAUCCAUUUUACUUAAGUUCGUAAUCGUUAAUUUGUUGAGAAUUACUUGAAGUCCCAAAACAGCUGUGCCGAUGUGACAAUCGUAUUAGCCUUAACGCCAACUUUUGUUCGACUUUUUAUCAAAAUAAAUCGUGAAGAACCAGCGAA